CGCAGUUGUAAAUGAGAACGGGGAGCCUAUCCAAAGUUGGGUGUAAGGAACACACCCAUCAUCUUGACAUUAGUUGUUGUAUUGGUGUAAGGGUAUUUUUCUGCUAGAUGUUUUGGUGGAAGACACCUGCACCUCUGAAAUAAGUAGGUGUUUGAAGUUACCUAGCAACGUGUUUGUUUAUCAGCUAGUGCGUGAUUAUGGGGUGGUUUGAGAGAACUGGCAUUAGCUGCAGUGCUGUCGAUAUUAGUCCUGCUGACUACUCGUUUUUCUUCCAGUGCCGUCUGAAAGCCCUCCCCUGCAGCAUUCCACUGUUAAAAAGUGGCACAAAUGUUUCUUUUUAAACAGGAGAAUGAACAGCAUAUUGUCAGACACAGGGCUUGCAAUUAAAACAAUUUAAGGGUGUUACUUUAAAGGAGUGAGCGUAUGGAGUUUGGUUCCACAGUUGUCUAUGCGCUCGCACCCAGCAGUGCGAAAUCUGACCACCCCUGCUGCAAUUUAACUGUAGGUUCAACCAACGGAGCUCAAAUAGUGAUGGAUUUUUCAUGGUGGUGAGGGGUGGGGGCUGUCCUGGAAUGAGCAGGCGAGUCUUAUAAGUGGGGAGGCACUGCAUUACAGGAGAAACUGGAGAACGUGGGCUGUGCCUAGGCCUCAGGAGGGACUCACUGGCAAAGGAGGAUGCUGGAAAACAAAAGAGUGGGCAUCAGCUCAACCUAACCCCAGGGAGCUCAAAAACAAACUGAGUAGAUCUAGCAGAUCACUGGGAAGCCAGUGAGCUGUCAACAUCCUUGCACUAUGGCUGAGGAGAUGGAAAGCCAAGAUACCAGCAUGAGCCAAAGAUCAGCGGCAAAGAGGAAGUUCCUGUGGCGAGUCAGACAGAAAUGGAAACUGUUGGGUUUGUUUGAGAUCGAUCGCGAUCACGAAUUUUACGAAUUUACCUGCAUGCUGAAGGAAGGACUCACAUCCGCUGUUCAAGUCUCCCUCGACAAUCCACAUAUGGGCAUCCUCAGUGACCCGGACUUUGGGGCUGUGCUAACCCAAAUACACAAGGGUUUUGAGAUGAAGACAUUUGCAGGGCCUGUGUUUGCAAAGUUCCGGUCCAUGCUGGGCAUGAAUGAGACAGAAUACCAGCAGUCCCUCAGUUCCGAAGGAUUCUACCUUCAGUUCAUUAGCAACUCCAAGAGCAAAGCCAACUUUUUCCUUACAAAUGACAAGAGGAUUUUCCUGAAAACUCAGGAGAAGAGAGAGAUAAAGUUUCUGCUAUCGAACCUGCGGUCCUACAUUCAACACAUGGAGAAAUACCCACAUUCACUACUCGUCAAGUUUCUGGGUGUUCACAGUAUCAAGAUUGCCCAUGGGCAGAAGAAGUACUUCAUCAUAAUGCAGAGUGUCUUUUACCCUGAUGAGAGAAUCGUUGCCAGGUAUGACAUCAAGGGCUGCCAAGUGAGUCGAUGGACGGAGCCUGCUCCUGAGGGGAGCAAUGUCAUCGUGGUGCUCAAAGACCUGAAUUUUGAGGGAAACACCAUCAGCCUGGAUCAGCAGCGGUCCUGGCUCGUUCGGCAGAUGACCGUUGAUACGGAGUAUUUGAAAAGCCUCAAUGUCCUGGACUACAGCCUCCUGGUGGCCCAUCAGCCCCUGCACCUCGAUGAGCGCCGCCAAAGCUGGUCCUUUGCAAAUAUCAUUCUCCGAACAAAGAAAUCGAUGACACGUAGUGCCAGCCCCUCAACCUUCGUGAGUAGCCCAGCACCGGGCCUAAUGGAGGAGGAUGCCACAGUGCUCGUGGCUGAGACGGUGAGUGGGACCAACGAGACCCACUUCAAGGAGAUCCCUGAGGUCACUGUGACCACGAGGGACGGUAGCCUGGUCUCGGAGCUCGAGCUGGCAGACCCGACCACUCAGAACCGCAGGCUACUGCCCAACUUCCGGAACUCUCUGCACGUCAUCGAUGGGGCCCAGUCCCGCUACUUUGUGGGCAUCAUCGACAUCUUCACUGUCUACGGCUUCCGCAAGAAGCUGGAACACCUUUGGAAAUCCAUCCGUUACCGGGGGCAGUCCUUCUCAACCGUCAGCCCGGACAAAUACGCAAAGCGACUGUGCCAGUGGGUAGAUGACCACACGGUGUAGACGGCCAGUUCAGGAGUGGG